AUGCCAGAUGCUGUUCUCGUUGAGUUCGAGGAUGAAGAAGGAAGGCCUGUUUCCAACAGGCUGCAUGUGCCGGUCAGUAUCCUUAAAACACAGCUGCAGGCUCUUGCCAGCACGCAGCUUUCGCUGUAUGUGAAUGGCCAGCCAUUGUUGGAGUCUCUUGAUGAAACACUGAAGGCAGUUGGCAUUUCGUCGGCAGAGGAUGUUGUGAAGAUCAGGAUGUGCGAGGAUGAGCCUGCUGCACAGGCUGCGUUCCACUGCUCUUCCUCAUUCAGUGGGCAUGAGGGGCCUGUUCUAUGCGUAAGGUAUGCAGAAGUGAUUGUCACUGGGGGUGGAGACUCGACCGUUCGGUUCUGGGAUCCACAGACAAAGACACAGAGCAAGAUUGUCAAGCAGCACGAUCACUGGGUCCAAUGUCUUGAGGUAUCUCCAGACGGACAGUAUGUUGCAAGUGGUGCAUUGGACGGAGGAAUCUGCCUGUACACUGCCGAUGGAGAGCAUGUAAGAAGCUUUCCUAAGCAUAAGAAGGGAGUGGUGGUGGUGAAGUUCCACAAUGGAAAUCUUGUUACUGGAUCCAGAGACAACUCUGUUGUUGUAUGGGACCUGAGCGGAAAGGUGCUUAUCUCGUAUGCACAUUCAAUGGCAGUCACAUGCAUAUGCACUGGAGAAGACUACAUGGUGUCAGGAAGUAAGGAUGCAAGAAUCAAGGUUUACAAGAACAUGAAGUUUUUUGAUGAGCUAAGGGGGCAUGCGCAUGGCAUAAAUGCAAUUGACUGCAAUGGAAUAUACAUGGUUUCUGGAUGCGAUGGAGGAGAAGUGAUUGUGUGGAAGGAGUUUGUGCUUUGUAGACGAAUGAAGCACAGGGCAGAGGUGAUUUCUGUGUCUAUAUCGUCAAACAGGCUGUACAUAGCCUCUGGAUCGUUUGAUAACACGGUAAAGAUAUGGAGUGUGGACACUGGACAAAUGAUGCACAGCUAUAGCCAUGUAGACUUUGUGUACAAGGUCAAGAUGAUGAAUGACCUGGUUGUAUCUUGCUCCAAGGACAAGAUGAUCAAGAUGUUCCGGCUCAGCAAAAAGAAGGUUGUGAGUGAGUUUGUCUGUGACUCUGAGGUGUAUUGCUUUGACAUUAACGAUGGAGAGCUUGUUUGUGGAACGAAGAGCAAUAGAGUAUACUUCUUCAGGUAA